GCUCCGUCCCUCAGCGGCCGCCUCAGCCGCCGCUUUCCCGCCCUCCGGCCGCGGCCCCGGCCCGAGACCCCCGGGACCCCCUCAGCCCCCGGGACCCUCCCGGGACCCCCCGGCCCCACCAUGGGCUUCCUGAAGCUCAUCGAGAUCGAGAACUUCAAGUCGUACAAGGGCCGCCAGAUCAUCGGGCCCUUCCGCCGCUUCACCGCCAUCAUCGGCCCCAAUGGCUCCGGUGAGUCCCGGGGGGGCUCUCGGGGCUCCUCCGAGUACAAGAUCAACAACCGCGUGGUGCAGCUGAGCGAGUACAGCGAGGAGCUGGAGAAGUUGGGAAUCCUCAUCAAGGCCAGGAACUUCCUCGUCUUCCAGGUGGGGAGGGGCUCCUCCGAGUACAAGAUCAACAACCGCGUGGUGCAGCUGAGCGAGUACAGCGAGGAGCUGGAGAAGUUGGGAAUCCUCAUCAAGGCCAGGAACUUCCUCGUCUUCCAGGGAGCAGUGGAGUCCAUCGCCAUGAAGAACCCCAAGGAGCGCACGGCCCUGUUUGAGGAGAUCAGCCGCUCGGGGGAGCUCGCCCCCGAGUACGACAAGCGCAAGAAGGAGAUGGUCAAGGCCGAGGAGGACACGCAGUUCAACUACCACCGCAAGAAGAACAUCGCUGCCGAGCGCAAGGAGGCCAAGCAGGAGAAGGAGGAGGCUGACCGGUACCAGCGGCUCAAGGACGAGGUGGUUCGGGCCCAGGUGCAGCUGCAGCUCUUCAAACUCUUCCACAACGAGGCCGAGAUCGAGAAGCUCAACAAGGAGCUGGGGCUGAAGAACCGCGAGAUCGACAAGGACAAGAAGAGGAUGGACAGGGUGGAGGACGAGCUCAAGGACCGCAAGAAGGAGCUGGGCAAGAUGAUGAGGGAGCAGCAGCAGAUCGAGAAGGAGAUCAAGGAGAAGGACUCGGAGCUGAACCAGAAGCGGCCGCAGUACAUCAAGGCCAAGGAGAACACCUCGCACAAGAUCAAGAAGCUGGAGGCGGCGCGCAAGUCGCUGCAGAACGCCCAGAAGCAGUACAAGAAACGCAAGGCGGACAUGGACGAGCUGGAGAAGGAGAUGCUGUCCGUGGAGAAAUCCCGGCAGGAGUUCGAGGAGCGCAUGGAGGAGGAGAGCCAGAGCCAGGGCAGAGACCUGACCCUGGAGGAGAACCAGGUGAAGAAGUACCACCGGCUGAAGGAGGAGGCCAGCAAGCGCGCGGCCACGCUGGCCCAGGAGCUGGAGAAGUUCAACCGCGACCAAAAGGCCGACCAGGACCGGCUGGACCUGGAGGAGAGGAAGAAGGUGGAGACCGAGGCCAAGAUCAAGCAGAAGCUGCGGGAGAUCGAGGAGAACCAGAAGCGCAUCGAGAAGCUCGAGGAGUACAUCGCCACCAGCAAACAAUCCCUGGAGGAGCAGAAGCGCCUGGAGGGCGAGCUGACCGAGGAGGUGGAGCUGGCCAAGCGGCGCAUCGACGAGAUCAACAAGGAGCUGAACCAGGUGAUGGAGCAGCUCGGGGACGCUCGCAUCGACCGCCAGGAGAGCAGCCGGCAGCAGCGCAAGGCCGAGAUCAUGGACAGCAUCAAACGCCUGUACCCCGGCUCCGUG